AUGGCACCUUCAAAAGUGAUUUCUCUUCUCUGUCUCCUUGUUAUACUCAUAUCUCAUACCACCGCCCAGCCAAACUUCCUUUACUAUUUUUGCAUAUAUGAUAAAGGCAACUACACUGAAAAUAGUACCUACCAGACCAACCUCAAUGCUCUUUUGUCCAGUUUAUCUUCCAACACACAAAUUGAUUAUGGCUUCUACAAUUCCUCUGAGGGUCAAAACUCUGACAAAGUAAAUGCAAUUGGGAUGUGUAGAGGAGAUAUUAAGCCAGAUGUAUGCCGCAGUUGCCUCAAUGAUUCAAGAGUCCUUCUCACACAGCUUUGUCCAAACCAGAAAGAGGCCAUUGGUUGGUAUGACAAUUGCAUGCUGCGCUACUCAAACCGUUCAAUAUUUGGUAUUAUGGAACCUGAUCCUGCGUACACUCUGUGGGUCCAAAAUAAUGCAACUGAUAUGGAUCAGUUUAAUCAAAAGCUUAUGGACUUGGUGGAUAGCCUGAGAAGCAAAGCUGCAUCCGGUGAUUCCCUUAAAAAGUAUGCUGCAGGAAGCGCAAUAGGUCCAAGCUUUCAAACUAUAUUUUCUCUACUACAAUGCACACCUGAUUUAUCAGAGCAACAGUGCAAUGAUUGCUUGGUUAGAACUAUCUCAGAAAUCUCAACUUGUUGUGCUGGCAAGACUGCUGGCAGAAUUGGAAGACCAAGCUGCAAUCUUAGAUUUGAUACAUCUCCCUUCUAUGACUCUACAGCCGAUGCCUCUCCACCACAAGUGCCUCCUGCUCCUCCUCCUUCUCCUCCUCCUCCUCCUCCUUCAGUCACCAAUACCACUUCCACAGGAGGAAAGAGCAACACAACUCGAACUGUCAUUGCGGUAGUUGUGCCAAUUGUAGCUGUCGUUGCACUCCUCAUCUCUCUCUGCAUCUUCUUAAAAGCAAGAAAGAAAAGGAAAAAUAUUGGCAUGGACACUGAAGUUGACAAUGAAAUUGAACCUACUGAGACAUUGCAAUUCAACUUUAACACCAUAAGAAUAGCUACAAAUAACUUUUCUGAGACAAAUAUGCUAGGGCGAGGAGGAUUUGGACCUGUUUACAAGGGUAAGCUUUCCAAUGGACAAGAAGUUGCUGUUAAAAGGUUGUCAAUGAAUUCAGGUCAAGGAGAUACAGAAUUUAAGAAUGAAGUGCAGUUAGUGGCCAAGCUACAACACCGAAAUUUAGUCAGGCUACUUGGUUUCAGUUUGGAAAGAAAUGAAAGGCUACUGAUCUAUGAGUUUGUUCCCAAUAAAAGCCUUGAUUACUUCAUAUUUGAUCCAAUUAAGCGUGCACAUUUAGAUUGGGAAAGGCGGUAUAAAAUCAUAGGAGGCAUUGCCAGAGGCCUUCUUUACCUUCAUGAGGAUUCGAGACUGCGAAUUAUUCAUCGUGAUCUCAAAGCAAGCAACAUUCUCUUAGAUGAAGAGAUGAACCCCAAGAUAUCAGAUUUUGGCAUGGCAAGAUUGUUUGUUGUGGAUCAAACUCAAGGAAAUACAAGUAGAAUUGUUGGAACUUAUGGAUAUAUGGCACCUGAGUAUGUAAGGCAAGGACAAUUCUCUGUGAAGUCAGAUGUUUUCAGUUUUGGCGUACUGGUUCUAGAGAUAGUAACUGGCCAGAAAAAUAGUGGCUUUCGUAAUGGAGAGGAUGUAGAGGAUCUUAUAAGCUUUGCUUGGAAAAAUUGGAGGAAAGGAACAGCUUCUAAUAUUAUAGAUCCCACCUUAAAUGAUGCUCUAAGAAAUGAAAUAAUAAGAUGCAUUCACAUUGGGUUACUUUGUGUUCAAGAAAGGGUUGCUAAUAGACCAAAAUUGGCUUCAGUCGUGCUUAUGCUUGAUAGCUACUCUUCCUCUCUCCCAGUUCCCUUGCAACCUGCCUUUUGUAUGGAAGAUACAUGUUUAUCAGACAUCCAAAUUUCGGUUUGCAGUUCUGUUGCAACGGGAUCAAGUGAACAGGAAAGUAAAUGUGUUGAAGCAUCAACAAAUGAGGCCUCAAUUAGUAGUCUAUAUCCUCGUUAGAUAUGAAUCAUAUGAUUACAGUCAGGGGUGACAAUCAUAACUAGAAUAAGCUGUAC